GGUCACAUGUUGUUUCCCCUCCCCAGUCCGGACACCAGCACCAGCACUAGCAGCAGCAGCAGACAUGUGUUAUUUAUCGCUCAGCCGCGGGGGAAGCAAGAGGAGGACUGAAGCGUAACCAAAAAAAAAAAAAAAAAGAAAGAAAGAAAGAAGGAAGGAAAGAGAAAGAAAGAAAGAAAGAAAGAGGAAAACUCGCGUCGCGUGUCCUCCCUUCGUCUUCUUCCUCCCCGUAAGUGUUUGAAGAGUAGAAUGGCGAGUCCGCCGAGCGACGCCGGACCCCAACCACCGGCCGCCGGCGUGAAGAAGUGCGGCUACCUGAGGAAGCACAAACACGGACACAAGCGAUAUUUCGUGCUGAGGGAGCCCGGCGAGGGCUGCCCUGCCCGGCUGGAGUACUACGAGAGUGAGAAGAAAUGGAGGAGCAAGUCUGCCGCCAAGAGGGUCGUCCCGCUGGACUGCUGCCUGAACGUCAACAAGCGAGCGGACGCCAAACACAAAUAUCUCAUCGCGCUGUACACCAAGGACGAGUACUUUGCCGUGGCCGCCGAAAGCGAGGGCGAACAGGAGGGCUGGUACCGGAUGCUGACGGAUUUAAUCGCGGACGGCAGAGUGUUCAACGGGUCGGCGUCCAACUCCGCGUCCUCGCUGGUGGGCUUCGACGAGGCGAGCUACGGCGUGAUCGCGCCGGUCAGCGCCGCCUACAAGGAGGUAUGGCAGGUCAACAUGAAGUCCAAAGGCUUGGGGCAGAGCCGCAAUUUAACCGGCGUCUACAGACUCUGCCUAUCCACUCGGACUAUCAGUUUCAUCAAACUCAACACGGAGGUGGCGUCGGUCAUUUUGCAGCUGAUGAACAUCCGGAGGUGCGGCCACUCUGACAGCUUCUUCUUCAUCGAGGUGGGUCGCUCGGCAGCCACUGGACCCGGCGAGCUUUGGAUGCAAUGCGACGACUCUGUUGUAGCGCAGAACAUCCACGAAACCAUCCUGGAAGCCAUGAAAGCAAUGAAGGAGCUGUCGGAAUUCCGCCCCCGCAGCAAAAGCCAGUCGUCGGGUACCAACCCCAUCUCCGUGCCCACGAGGCGCCACCUGAACCACCUUCCUCCGAGCCAGACCGGUCUGCUCCGGAGGUCGCGCACCGACAGCGUGGCUACGACCUCACCUGUGGGUAAAGUCUCGUCCUGUCGGAUACGCACGGCGAGCGAGGGCGACGGCACCAUGACACGCCCUAUGUCGGUGAAUGGGAGCCCCCUCAGCCCCGGGGUUCACCGCACCCUCCUGAGUAGGUCUCACACCAUCACCGCACGCCCGUGUCGGACGUUCGAAUCCUCCUCCUUGCAGCACAGUAAGUCCAUGUCCAUGCCUCUGUCUCAUUCCCCGCCGAUGGCCGCCCCCAGUCUCGUCAGCCUGUCCUCGUGUCCAGAUAGCGGCGCUCCUCGACCCUCCAGCUGUAGUGCCUCCUUCUCGGGCUCCCCGAGCGACGGCGGUUUCAUAUCGUGCGAAGAGUACGGCACGAGCCCCGCGGACACGCGGGACCUCCGGCUGCCUCUCACGUACGGUACCAACACCCCGGAGUCUCUCCGAGCGGACACUCCCCCUUCCCGGGAUGGCAGCAGGCUGGACGGCUACAUGGUGAUGGAACAACAGAACCAGAACGGCUAUCGGUGGUUACCCGAGUUGGACAAGGCUUAUCGAAAGCGCACGUACUCUCUGACCACCCCCCGCCAGCAGAGGUGUCUCCCGCAAGUGUCUUCGGCCUCCCUCGACGAGUACACUCUCAUGAGGGCCACUUACAACAGUGGAAGCCAGUCUUCUCGCAGGUGUCUCACAGCCUCCCCUAAAGGAACCUAUCCAGACGAGUACAGGGAUGUCCAGGUGGGUUUGAACUGUCUCCAGGGCGACAGUGGUUACAUGCCUAUGAUGCCAGGCGUGGCACCUCACACAUCAGGAGCUAAGAAUGAUCCCUACAUGCCUAUGAGCCCCAUGUGUGUCUCUGCUCCCAAGCAGAUCAUCAAUCCCAGAUCCCACCCUUCCACUGUAGCGGGGCUGGCCCCGCACACGGACUCCCCAGGCAGCGUUUCCCUCGAGGACAACGGCUACAUGCGCAUGUGGUGCGGAAUCAAAAUGUCAAUGGAGAGCAUUGACGGAAAGCUCACCAAUGGAGAGUACCUGAACAUGUCUCCUGUUGACCAUCUGUUGACCUUCACACCCCGAGAACACAUCCUUAGUUCUUCCGGAGGAGAGCAACAACACAGACAGCCUUAUACUUACGGCACGCUGCCACAUUCGCUUAAAAGCCAAUUGCAGCGCAGUGGCUCAAGUGACACAGACCAGUACGUGGUGAUGUGUUUACAGAGACAGCGGAUAGAGGAGGAGUCCAACAACUGUCCUGUCUCCUCGGAAGACUCUGUGACACCGGGCACCCCUUCAUCUGCCCCCACUCCUCCCAGAGGGGCUCGGAGUGACGGAGGGCUGGCGCACAGGAGUCGGGCGUGUCGCCCCACCCGCCUAGCUCUAGAUUCCCUCAGAACCUUACCAUGUAUGAGUGAACACCCGCUGCCCUCUGAGCCACGCAGUCCCGGGGAGUAUAUCAACUUCGACUUCAGCAGCCCUUCCAGUGACACGGUGGCAUCGGCCGAAGGCUCAAAGUGCGCCGAAAAGGGAUCCCCACCACUCUCUGACUAUGUUAAUGUGAACCUCGCCUCGCCUAAAACUGUGGUUUCCCCCGCUGGAGGAAGUUUUGACCAGCAGGAGGAAGGCAAAGGCACAGAGGGGCAGGCAGGGGCGAGAGGGGUGGUGGACGAAUAUCCUCUCCAGCAUCACUUGAUUCAGCCUGCUGCAGUCAAGGACGACUACACUGAGAUGACGUUCGGUCCUCUCAGCACCACCGAUGCUGCCCCUCUCCCCACCAGCCCCACCGCCUGUGUUCAGAGACUGAGUCUUGACAGCAGCCUUGUGUCGGACGGGGUACCAGCGGCGCCAGUGGAUUCUUUUCUCCUUGGGGGACCCUCGCUGAAUGUCCCCCUUGCAGAUCCACAUAGGGGGGCCAAAGUCAUUCGUGCUGACCCUCAAGGACGCCGGCGACACAGCUCCGAGACCUUCUCUUCCACCACCACCGUCACACCUGUGUGCCCAUCCUUUGCCCACGACACCAAGCGCCACAGCUCGGCCUCGGUGGAGAACGUAUCCCACGGCUUGCGGGGCUCGGAGGGACCGGACGAGGACUAUGGCGGCAGCACCCCCAUGUGCAGAGAGACAUCUGCCGGCUAUCAGAAUGGACUCAACUACAUUGCCUUAAACUUGAUGGAGGGUACCCUCGGAGGGUGCCGGUUAGGGGGCUGCGAUGGACUCCUGAGAUUCAAGACCGCUUGUGGAUGCAAGGGUGGUAUGAAUGGCUUCAACUCCAGCCCCUAUGCCAGCCUUGGCUUCAAGGAGACUACUGCCGCCGUUGUGAAAGAAUGAAGGCCACUGGCUCAGAACCAACCGCCGCCGCCCGCAUGUCCUUUGACCCCUGGCGCCACCUCUGCGAGGUCUCCGAGAUGGCAGUCGCCACGGCAACACGGACACCUGACCUUUUGCCCCCGAAUCUUCCCCCGGCACCGAAACGAUUAGGCGCCAUCCAUUGAUGCUGCUGGACUGGAUGACUUAAAAAAAAAAUAAUAAUAAUAACCUUUUGUACCAACUAUUAACUCUUGGUAACUAUUUUAUUUAUCUGCAACAUGACUACAAGUUGCCGUAUCAUGUCAGAUAGAUAUUAUUUUGGUUACCACUAAUAAUACCUUAAACUGGUUGCCUGACCUGAAAAGACACAAACCAAACCUGGAGACCACAUGCACACACACGCAAAAAAAAAAAAAAAAAAAAAAAAAAGGAAUGCGUACAAAAUAUUUAUUUAUUUAACACGGAUAUAUGCGUUUGGUGAAAAGUUUUCCAAAUGUGUGAAUUUCUAGAAAUAAUAACGAUGGCAUUUAGGUACAUAUUUAAAAAAAAUAAAAUAAAAAGUUUGCUUAAAAAACCUACCUCAGCAAAACAAACAAAAACAGGUUGGUUAACACCCCCAUAGUUGCUAUAAAUAUAUAUAAAAUAUUUAUUUUCAGAUUAAAUUUUUUUUUUUUUUUUUUUUUUUUUAAAGAAAGGAAUCACCAAUCCAAAGCCUUACACUGGCCCCUAAUGGGCUGUUUAGUUUGGACCUAGCAACCCUUCACAACCGAACCGAUCCGCAAACAAUGAGCCACUCUGAGAUUUCCACGGUACAUUUACGACAACAUGAUGUAUGAAAGAUUUCUAUAUUUAUUCGCCAGGCGGGGGAGGGGAGGGAUUUUCUACCCUUGCUAUUUUUUGAGGAGCGAUGAUGUUACACUCAAACACCGCAUCGCCACCCAGGUACACCCGUGGUCUGCCUGAGCCAAAGUCUCAGCACCUCCCAAAACUUUGGACCUGUUCUCUUGUGGGCCCCUGCUCACCCACUCGCGCCGCCUGCAGGACGUAAUGACAAAAACGAAUGUUUGAACUUCUUUACACGUCUUAACUAGGGAUGGGCUUAGUGAUAGAAUUUGGUCGAUUGUGAGGAAUUCGUCUCGGAAUGUCUUUUUUUUUUUUUUGGGGUCAAAAUAGUGCGCUACUUGGCUGCAACCAGCAGGGGCACUGUUGAGUUACUCAAGUUAUUUGCAGUUUAAAGAAGUCCAGCAAGAAGUCAAUCACGGCAAACUAAAUCCGAUUAAUAAAUCCUCUAAUUAUUAUUGUUAACUAAUUCAAAAUCAAUUUUGGCUAAAUUACGUUUAAUUCUUGUGACAUUUGCGCCACACUUCAAUAAUUACGUCUUUAUUCUCAGUGUUUUUUUUUUUUUUUCUCCUUUUCAGAGAAGAGUCAUUUAACAAUCAGUUAACUGAUUGUUCGUUUUCUCCACAGUCGAUCAAUGAAAUGUAAUCAAAUGCCCAUCCCUGGUCUUAACUGGACAGCGCACACGUUCGCACGCACGCACGCACACACACACACACACACACACACCUGUUGCCUCAUUGCGGCGCCGAGCCACGUGGUCAAUUUCGUCGCCGCCAUUUAUCGCACUUACAAACUUGUCUAGAUUGUAACAAGACAGGACGCGUUGAAUGUAGUACACGCUGCGUUCCAAGGUUGGGAACGCACAAUCCCCGCGAACAACCACAACAGUGACAACCCAACGAGUUAAAGCUACAACUACUACUACUAGUACUACUAACACGACACACACCAAGACAAGCGUCAUUGCUGUUUUAUCUGGAUUCACUGGUACCUAAAGACUGUAAAUAGUGUGACGUUAUGACAAUAAACAACUUUUAAGUUGAAUAACUGUUUUGACUGUACAUAGUUUGUGUUGGCGUGAUACAACAAAAGCACUAAUUAAGUUAUACGCUAACCAGUUCUGGUUUGGCUUUGAUUUAAAAAAAAAUAAUUUUUUUUUCAAAUAAUUUAAUAUUUGAUGGGAUAGUAUUGUGAAAGACGAUGCCACAAUUUUUUUUAAUGCUGUAACUCUGCCAAUUUUACGAGAAAUUCAUACUUGACCUAAUUCAUUCUUGAUACGUAGGUACAAAUGGCAAUUAUGCAAUAUUUACACUAUUGAAAACGAGUUUACUUACCAAGAUGUACCAAAUGUACAAAUACUGUCUAUGUUUAUGAAACCUUUCAAGGUUUUUUUUUUAUUAUUAUUUUGCAGUUUGUACUCGUUUUUUCUUCAAAUUUGAAAUUUUGCUAAUCGAGCCCAUUUGGUUCAUGUAUCUUUAUUAAAACAUCAAAAGGUUACCGUUGGGGGGGCCCCAGCUUACUUUGCUGUGUGUUUUUUUUUUGUUUUUCCUUCCCCACUGUAAAUACUUCACAACUUGCAUAUUAUUGUGAUGCGACUAAGAGAUGAUAAUUUAAACUUACGUCUUCGCUUUAGAUUGUAUUGAUUCUUUGUAGACACAUGGAAUAAAUAUUAUUAUUUAAGAAAAGA